UCCGUGCGGCUCCCGCGCCGCACUGCUCGCACCAUGACUCCCCACUGGACUUAAGCAGCCCGGAGCUCCGUCUUCUGCACGCCGCUUGUCUCCUUUUUCACACCCAAAGUUCGGCAAAAGUUCCCCCCCCUCCCCCCUCGUUUUUAUUUCCAAGAUGCCACGUUCGUUUCUGGUGAAGAAACACACCAACUCCGCAAGGAAGCCAAACUACAGCGAACUGGACAGCCCGACAGUGUUCCUCACGCCGCACAUCUACCGGGGCCUCCCCCCGCCCGUCAUCCCCGCGCCGGACACCCUGAGCCCGGCCGCCUACAGCCCCAUCACGGUGUGGACCACCAGCAGCCUGCCGCUGUCCCCGCUGCCCAGCGACCUGUCCCCCAUCCCCGGCUACCCGUCGUCGCUCUCCGACUCCUCGUCCAAGGACCACAGCGGCUCCGAGAGCCCGAGGAGCGACGAGGACGAGCGCGUGCCGCCCAAGCUGACGGACCCCCGCGGCGCGGAGGCGGAGAAGUUCCAGUGCGGCUUGUGCAGCAAGUCGUACUCCACCUACUCGGGACUGCUGAAGCACAAGCAGCUGCACUGGGACGCGCAGACGAGGAAAUCCUUCAGCUGCAAAUACUGCGAGAAGGAGUACGUGAGCCUGGGGGCUCUGAAGAUGCACAUCAGGACUCACACGCUGCCUUGCGUUUGCAAGAUAUGCGGCAAAGCUUUUUCCAGACCGUGGCUGCUGCAGGGACACAUCAGGACGCACACCGGAGAGAAGCCCUUCUCCUGCCCCCACUGCAACAGGGCUUUUGCGGACAGGUCCAAUCUCAGGGCUCACCUACAGACCCAUUCGGAUGUGAAAAAAUACCAAUGCAAGAGCUGCUCCAAAACCUUCUCCAGGAUGUCUCUUCUCCACAAGCACGAGGAGUCUGGCUGUUGUGCAGCACAAUGAACUCGACUGGGAUACUUUUACUUUUUCUCCACCGAGCCGGAAGAAAAAAAAAAGCAAAAAAAAAAAAAAAGAACACAAAAAACUCUUGUUGCUUCAUUAUUUUUUUUCUUCCCAGGAGAACCGUGAGGGAAUCACAGCGAAGGGUGUUUGUUCCCGACUAUGCAGACUUUUUUUUUUUUUUUUUUCAAGCAGUCCACAUUUCAUUUCAGAGUGAGAAAUAGCUCUGAGCUCACGUGCUUCCUCUCCAGCAGCGACUCCGUGUCGAGCUCGUACUUACCUACCUGUGCUAUUCAUGCACUUUCCCCCCCCCCUGCAUGUCUAGAGGCUUCUAUGUGUCCUUACAAUGUUAUCUCCCAGGGUUCUGUAUGAUUACCCACGGCUGUCAUGCAGUGCCUCCACUUUCUGUUUUCACGCGCACCACACAAACGAUACCAAGCGGCGCAUUAUGAACGACAGUACGCGUAUAAGGAAUACCGAAGCCAUUGUUACUAAGCGCAAACUUAGUUUUUAGGGUGAAAUAUUAUUACUUUUUGCACAGUCAUUAGAAGCAGUUUGCCAGCACUCAAACAGCAGAACAAACCUUCUCAAGUGCCUCAGUUUUCCUUGGCAAUAAUAUGUAUUAUUCAACAGUUUCCUGUUAUAUUUUUAUAUAUUGAAUGUAAGCGUGACUGAGAUGAUUGUAUAUUUACAGUGAAAACUGUGCCGCUGAAUGACUUUUUGAUAUUUUCAUAUUUUCAUGACACUUUAAGAAAUAAAGUUUCGUGACAUUUUGUAUAA